GGCGGGCGGCCAAUGAGCGCGGGCGUUGUUGCGGGGUUCGCUCGCGCGCGCGGCGGGAGCGGAGGGAAAGGCUCGUGAGGGAGGCGGCGGCGGGCAACGCGCACGGGACAUGUCGGCCCGGGCGGCCCUCGGCAGCGCGCAGUAUUUGACCCGGCGCAUCCCCCAGAACCCCAAAUACCAACACGUAAAAACCCGUUUGGACACUGGAAACAGUUUGUCCAAAUACAUGGAGAAGUUGGAGGAGAUUAAGAGAAAUUACAGGUAUAAAAAGGACGAGCUGUUCAAGAGGCUGAAGGUGACGACUUUUGCCCAGCUGGUUCUCCAGGUCGCUUCCCUCUCGGAUGAAACCUUAGAAGUGACGAGUGAGGAGCUGCACAAGCUGGAGGAUGCUGCUGCUCCAGGGGAAGAUUCCGAGGUGGCAACGGGAACAAACGGGAAGGGAAGCCCCGAGGAGGCCCCAAAUCCAGUCCUGUUCCUGAACAGCACAGGACCUGGGGAAUCCCAGCGUUCCACCCUCCAGAGCGUGAUCAGCGGGGUGGGGGAGAUGGACAUCGAGAAGGACUCUCGCCUGAAGGUCCUGGCACAGAAGAUCCCGGAGGGAUUGAUCACGGGCACGCUCCCGCUCUCCUGCCAGGCCCCGGCUCCCCCGGGAUCCGCCCGAAGGAAAACCUCUCCCAGAGUCCCACCCACGCGGGCUGAGAACAAGUGGAGGUUCUCUGCAGACGACCUCCAGAAGCUGAAGUACUACCUGGAGGAGGAGCACAUUCCCUUGGACACUGCCAGCCGCCUGAGCCGUGGGAUUUCCAGCCGGGAUUCCAAGCCCACGUCCAUGAGGAGCAGCCCCAGCCUCCACGGCUCCAACGCGGGAUCCCUCAGCUCCCGCACGCUCAGCAGGACCAACCUCCAGAACAGGCCCUGGAAAUAACCCGGCAGGGUUCUCCUCCCGCCGAAUAAAGGAUUUAUCCAGGUUUUGGGAAUA